UUAUGAGAAUUUGGGGUCUGCAUCCCACUGUUGUCCUGGUCCCUCAGGGGUUCUCUGUUGUGUUCCUUGUCAGGGCAGUCAUCGGUUGUGGCCGGGCACCAUCUGGUUCUUCUGGUCUCAGGAUGAUGCAGUCUCUGGUUCAGGUGGCCCUUUCUGUCUCUUGGGCUCAUAAUUACCUUGUGUCCUUGAUGUUCUUCAUUCUCCUUUGAUCCAGGUGGAGGCCAAUCACUUUUGAGGUAUAAAAGGAGCAGGUUAGACACAGAAGCAAGUUAGCAGGAAUAGGGAAAGAUAGAUGCCACGUGUAAAUCUCCGAGGAAUGCCAAGAAGAUUGCUAGAGAAACAGAAACAAGGGUUUUCCCCCAGAGGAGAUGCAACACCCAGAAUUCUAGUUUCCUAAAUGUGAGAAAAUCAAUUUCUAUUCAUUAAAGCCACUCACUUGUGAUAUUUCUGUUAUAGCAGCACUAGAUGACUAAGACAGAACUUAACUGUUUCUUCCCUUUUAGAACAUCCCUCUUAUGGAAAAGAAGAGAGGAGAAAAAUCAACCUGUACCUAGUGAAAAAGAUGCUGAUAGUUAAUAUUUCUUGAGUGUUUAUUAUAUGGCAGCAUGUUCCGCCAAGGGAUGCACGACUUGAAAGUCUGGCCUAAUGUCGAAGCAGAUGGAUCAGAACCCACAAAAACGCCUGGCAGAACAAGCAGUACUCUCUCAGAAGACCAAAUGAGUCGCCUUGCCAAGCUGACUAAGGCUCAUCGACAAGGACACAUGGUGAAAGUAGAUUGGCUGGACCGGUUGACAUUUAGAGAAAUAGAAAUGAUAAAUGAGAGUGAAAAACGAAGUUCUAAUUUCAUGUACUUGAUGGUUGAAUUUCAGUGUGUCAAGUGUGAAGAUAAGGAAUAUGGCAUUGUAUAUUAUGAAAAGGAUGGUGAUGAGUCAUCUCCAAUUUUAACCAGUUUUGAGUUAGUGAAAGUUCCUGACCCUCAGAUGUCUAUGGAGAAUUUAGUUGAGAGCAAACACCACAAGCUUGCCCGGAGUUUAAGAAGUGGACCAUCUGACCACGAUCUCAAACCUAAUGCUGCCACAAGAGACCAGCUAAAUAUUAUUGUGAGUUAUCCACCAACCAAACAGCUUACAUAUGAAGAACAGGAUCUUGUUUGGAAGUUUAGAUAUUAUCUUACUAAUCAAGAGAAAGCUUUGACAAAAUUCUUGAAAUGUGUUAAUUGGGAUCUGCCUCAGGAGGCCAAACAGGCAUUGGAACUUCUGGGAAAAUGGAAGCCAAUGGAUGUGGAGGACUCUUUGGAGCUGUUAUCUUCCCAUUACACCAAUACAACAGUGAGGCGUUAUGCUGUUGCUCGGUUGCGGCAGGCAGAUGAUGAGGACUUGUUGAUGUACCUAUUGCAGCUGGUCCAGGCUCUCAAAUAUGAAAAUUUUGAUGACAUAAAGAAUGGAUUAGAACCUACCAAGAAGGAUAGUCAGGGUUCAGUGUCAGAGAGUGUGUCAAAUUCUGGAAUAAAUUCUGCAGAAAUAGAUAGCUCCCAAAUUAUAACCAGCCCUCUUCCUCCAGUGUCUUCCCCUCCUCCUGCAUCUAAAACAAAAGAAGUUUCAGAUGGUGAAAAUCUGGAGCAAGAUCUCUGUACCUUCUUGAUAUCAAGAGCCUGCAAAAACUCAACACUGGCUAAUUAUUUAUACUGGUAUGUGAUAGUGGAAUGUGAAGAUCAAGAUACUCAACAGAGAGAUCCAAAGACCCAUGAGAUGUACUUGAAUGUGAUGAGAAGAUUCAGCCAAGCAUUGUUGAAGGGUGAUAAGUCUGUCAGAGUUAUGCGUUCUUUGCUGGCUGCACAGCAGACAUUUGUAGAUCGGCUGGUGUAUCUGAUGAAGGCAGUGCAGCGUGAAAGCGGAAAUCGUAAGAAAAAGAAUGAGAGACUACAGGCACUGCUGGGAGACAAUGAAAAGAUGAAUUUGUCAGAUGUAGAACUUAUCCCACUACCUUUAGAACCCCAGGUGAAAAUUAGAGGGAUAAUCCCAGAAACAGCUACAUUAUUUAAGAGUGCCCUUAUGCCUGCACAGUUGUUCUUCAAGACAGAAGAUGGAGGCAAGUAUCCAGUUAUAUUUAAGCAUGGAGAUGAUUUACGCCAGGAUCAACUCAUUCUUCAAAUCAUUUCACUCAUGGACAAGCUGUUACGGAAAGAAAAUCUGGAUUUGAAGUUGACGCCCUAUAAAGUACUAGCUACUAGUACAAAACACGGCUUCAUGCAGUUUAUCCAGUCGGUUCCUGUUGCUGAAGUCCUUGAUACAGAAGGAAGCAUUCAGAACUUUUUUAGAAAAUAUGCACCAAGUGAGAACGGACCUAAUGGGAUAAGUGCUGAGGUUAUGGACACUUACGUUAAAAGCUGUGCUGGCUAUUGUGUGAUUACAUAUAUACUUGGAGUUGGAGACAGGCACCUGGAUAACCUUUUGCUGACGAAAACAGGCAAACUCUUCCACAUAGACUUUGGAUAUAUUUUGGGCCGCGAUCCGAAGCCUCUUCCGCCUCCAAUGAAGCUGAAUAAAGAAAUGGUGGAAGGCAUGGGAGGCACACAGAGCGAGCAGUACCAAGAAUUUCGUAAACAGUGUUACACGGCUUUUCUCCACCUUCGAAGGUAUUCUAAUCUGAUUUUGAACUUAUUUUCCUUGAUGGUAGAUGCAAACAUUCCAGAUAUUGCUCUUGAACCAGAUAAAACUGUGAAAAAGGUUCAGGACAAAUUCCGUCUAGACCUGUCUGACGAAGAGGCAGUGCACUACAUGCAGAGUCUGAUUGAUGAAAGUGUCCACGCUCUGUUUGCCGCCGUGGUAGAACAGAUUCACAAGUUUGCCCAGUACUGGAGAAAAUGAAACUGGGUUUGACCGGUCAAGAUGCUUGGCUCAGUAUGAAAACUACUUUAGAUGGCAACCUGCAUAUAAUGAAGACUUCGGAGUAACAAGCAAGGAAAAGAAGACUUAACCUUGAAGAUACUGGAUUUCUUAAAUGCCACAUGUUGCCUAAAUUCAGUUUCGUGACAACCGAAGUGUUGUUUCUUAAACAUGGACUUGAAGGAUUUCUUUUGAAAUAUUGUAUAUAUUUGUUUUUAAGUGUACACAUUGUUAAUACGCUAAGAAAUGAGAUGCUUGUUCCUGGAUCAUGUAUGUAUUGUGAGAGUUCGGGAGGAAUUUAUCUGAAAUAGUAAAACAUUCUACUCUUUUCAACUUAAAAUGUCUUUUUUUCCCUCAUCUUUUCACAUCAGGACAACAGUGAUAUGACUUCAGAUUCAUUGUCUCAGUUUGGGGUUUUGUCUUCCUCUCCUGUUUGUUUGUUUUUGCCCAAGUUAAAAUAGUUAAAGUUUUACAUAUUACAGAGCUCAUUCUUGUAAGUUCAAGAACUACUUUUAUUUCAAAAAAGACAGUCAUUUCUUCUUACUUGUAAAUACUGGCUUUUUGAAAAUUACAGUUCUUCGUUCUCCUAGAUUAUAAGUAUAUAGAGUAGGAUAUAAAAAUGUAUCUUUCUGGGUAACUGUCCAAAAAGUACUAUGACAACAGUUUUUAGAUUUAAGGUAUUUUUACUUCAGAUAAGCAUACAUUUUUUAAUUCACAAAUUGUAAUAAGUCCUUUUCUGAUGCAAAUUUAAUUUUCUAAAGCUUUUGCAGUAGCUCCCUUAGACCUGUUACUGUAACAUAUGUUUCCGACUUAAGCAAAAAAAAUUUUUUUUUA